AUGACUGUGGCGUGUGGAGCAGAGGGCACCUCGUCCGGCAACGACCUCACGGUCUUGGCCCCCACCUCGUCCAACGAGGUGCUGGCGGCGGCAGACGAGAGGCUCUGCUCCCAACCCAGCUGCCUUCCCCAUGGCCUGCCGGAACCCUCCCCGGUGCCAGCCACAGCACGAGAAAACAUCAGCGUGUCUGUGCUGCCUGCACCCCAAGAUGAUGACCCCCGCGAGGGAUCCCGCGGGGCUGUGCCCGGGACCCCCUCCCCGGAUGAAGCCCGAGGCGCGGCGCGGGUCGCCGUGCCGGAGCUGACGGGAGCCGCGCAGGCGGCGGACCCAACCAUGACUGUGGCGUGCGGAGCAGAGGGCACCUCGUCCGGCAACGACCUCACGGUCUUGGCCCCCACCUCGUCCAACGAGGUGCUGGUGGCGGCCGACGAGUGGCUCUGCACGCAACCCUGCUGCCUUCCCCAUGGCCGGCCGGAGCCCUCCCCUGUACCAGCCACAGAGAACAUCAGCGUGUCUGUGCCUGCACCCCAAGAGGAGGACGACGGCAUUCCAGCUGCACGGCUCUCGUUGUUUGCACCGGAGCGGCUGAACCUCCGGUGGGAGAGCGACGUCUGCAAGGGUGCCGGCCUGCGCAACCUGGGGAACACCUGCUUCCUCAACGCCACGCUGCAGUGCCUCGCCUACACGCCGCCGCUCGCCAACUACCUGCUGCUGCAAGAGCACUGCAGCACCUGCCAACAAAGCGACUUUUGCCUGAUGUGUGUCAUGGAGCAUCACAUUGUCAGCACGUUCAACAACUCGCAGAGAGUGCUGACACCCAAGGUCAUAACUAAGAACAUCACGCGCAUCGCCAAACACCUGCGCAUUGGGAGACAGGAAGAUGCCCACGAGUUUCUGCGAUACGUGGUAGAUGGCAUGCAAGCCUCAUGCCUCUAUGGCCACAGCGAGCUGGACAGAUACACGGAGGCUACCACCCUCAUUUACCAGAUCUUCGGGGGUUACCUUCGAUCACGUGUGGAGUGCAUGCAGUGCUGCAACCACUCCGACACCUUUGACACGUGCCUGGACAUUGCACUCCAUAUUAAUAACUCAUCAGAUCUUGUGGAGGCAUUUGAAGAGUUUUUUAACAAGGAGACGCUGGACGAAUACACCUGCGGAAUGUGCUGCUGCAAGGGGGAAGCGACGAAGACGAUGGCUCUCCACCGCCUGCCCAACGUCCUCACCGUCUCCAUCAAGCGGUACAACCUCUACGGCGUCAAGAUCAACCGGAACAUCACCUACCCGGAGCACCUGGACAUGCAACCCUUCACCUCAACGUCUCAGGGCGAGCCCGCGAUCUACUCCCUGUACUCGGUGCUGGUGCACAAGGGAGCCAACUCCAACAGGGGUCAUUAUUAUUGCUACAAUAAGAUCAGCGAUGGACAAUGGUGCUGCAUGAACGACUCCAACGUGCGGCACGUCGACACCAAGGCUGUGAUGAAUAAGCAGGCCUACGUGCUCUUCUAUAUUCGGUCCCCAGAAUUGAACGCGCCGCCAGCGGAGAGCUACUGCCCGCUGGAGCACGUCAAGGCGACGUCCUGGUCGUGCCUUAAGCGGCCCCACUCGGCGAAGGAAGACCCCGGACCCAGUUACCGGACAGCAGCUCUCCUCACCGGCGCGCAAGAAACCCAAGAUGUCGGACCGCCCCAACGGGAACAACUGCCGGAGCCACUGCAAGUGCGACGGCAGGAACAGCAGCAGCAGCAGCUACCGGCAACGCCAGACACGCAACAGCCGUUGCCGCUAGUCCCAGAGCAGCCACCACCACCACCCCGAUCUCACAGCAGCCGCUGCCAUUCCACCAGCAACCACCGCCAGUCCUACAGCAGCCACCACCACCACCGCCGCAGGUCUCAUAGAAGCCGCCGUCAGCACCACAGCAGCUGCUGCCACCGCGUGUCCCACAGCAGCCAGUCCAACAGCAGCCAGUCCAACAGCAGCCAGUCCCACAGCAGCCAGUCCAACAGCAGCCAGUCCAACAGCAGCCACCGCCACCAGUCCCACCACAGCCACCGCCACUCUGGUCGCACAGCAGCCACCACCGGUGUAACAACUGGCACUCGCCCCACCAAGAUAAGUCGCUGGUUAAAAUCCAUGAUCACGUGUCUAACCUUUUGCUUCCCCUCAAGAUCAAACUAAUUUUGAGAGACAUUUUACGAAGGCACCAGGUAGAGGCUCACCAUGGCGUCGCCCGCCCCCCAAAAUGUAUUCAUCGCCGGCUCCACCACCAGCCUCUGAAAUCACUUGAACAUCAUUGGAAUCACCAUAGACUCGACAUUCUCACUCGACGACCACAUUCUCAACACAAUAAAGAGCUGCAAUCACUAGCUCAAGGCCUCAUGCACGCCCGUCCAAUGCUGACAGCCGUCCGACGAGAUAGAAAACAUUUAAAGCAACUCUGACCUCACAAUCCACGAAGAAAGAAAAUAUUUUUAAGUUCACUAGGUUUGCUUUCUACCUGAUGACGAUUGCUUGUGUUGCAAUCGAAACGUCGUAUUCUAUUAUUUAAUUUAUUUAUUUUCUACGUGACUUUACCGAAAGAACCAAAGAGUAUUUACACUAUGAGACCUCCUUUACCAGUGGCAAAGGAGGUCUCAUAGUGUAAAUGCUUACCCCGAGCUCUCAAUACUCUGAUAGUGUGCUGUUUUUGAGUUGUACGCCUUUUGGCGUCUUCUGGUCCAACACCAAUGGAGACUAGGCUCUAAGAAAAACUGUCUCGGGUGUGGACCAAUCAACUUCAAGGACAGUGCAUAUCAUUAUCAAAGUUGUUUCUUUUUAUUUGCAUUUUGACUGCUUGUGUUGUGGUUAUUGCAAACAUGAUGCCUUGUAUAAAGGUGUCAGUUUUGUACCAGUUUAAAGGGUAAAAACCUACUAUAACCAAAGAGUAAUUCAUGCAAUCACGAAAGCUUCAAAUCAAGUUUUAAUCCACGAAGACUUGAAACACCCAGCACGAAAGUGCUUAAAAUCACGCCAGCCAUUCUGGGAAACAGGAGCCAAGAUCCAUGCAGGCGGCACCAACCCAUUAUGUCUUGGGGUUGCUGUUUAUUCCCUGGCCAAUCAUCAAGAGAGUUGGCACCAGGAACGUCAUUGUGAUGGUGACCGCAAAAUGAACUGUCCCAUUACAAAUGAAGACCGAGAUUGCAUCCUCCGCAACGCGAGGCCGGAGUGCGGUCUCAGUGAGGUCGGGCAAGGUAUUCCCGUACGGUUCUUGUCUCUGUUCAUGUAAAAUGCGGGGCUUUUAUUUUGCGUUGUCUCGGGGAUUAAAAAAGUAACCGCUGUUGCAAAGUGUUUAUUUAUUGAACUGUGAAUACGUCGGCAUUUUUUAAACUACAUAUCUGUUACUUUUUUAUGUACGGGGCGUGCACAUUUCAAUGGACACGCUAACCGUAGCGCCAAGCCGUUACCACGUGAAAUGUACGGAUAAAUGAUGAACU